UUAUUUGGCUUAUAAUGUAAUAUCGAAGACAUGAAUUUCAAUUUGAUAUAUGAAGUCACUUUUGCGUUUGUUAUAAUAAUGAACAAAGCUCUUGCGGCGUACAAUAAAGACGUUGUCUGUGUAAUAGAUAUAGGAGAAAAGCCUGUGUGCAGAACAUUCAUUAAAUCGAGUCGACGCACUAACGUUACUAUAAAUAACGGUCCCGUCUACGACCCGUACAUACCCAGGACAAAUCCAGAAUAUUACAUUUGCCCCGAAUUCGAUUGUACAAAAGUUACACUUCGCUCUAUUACAGAAGUUACGUCACCAAAAUUAAAUCUAAAAUGUUGUUUUUCCGAAAAGACAUACGACUGCGAAAGGAUUCGUUACAAUCAUCUUAAAAAUGUGGACAAGUUAUUAUUCUUAUCAGAGGCGAUACCAGAUAGAAUAUACUUCAUGGUGGAUUGUUUUAUAUAUUCGGAUGGCGGACGAAUUUGUAAUAGAAAUGAUGGCUUCAACUCUCAUGCGAUUUUAGUCGAUUUGUCGACUGUUGCGAGACGGAACGAAGAGAAUAUACUUUCACAGGACGAAUUUCUAUGCGAGGAAGAUGUUGGUAAUGAAAUUUUGUGUGAUCUCAAUGUUUACGUGCCAUACGCGGACGGUCUCGAGCGUAAAGAGUUCACAAAAAAUAAUAAUAACGUUCUUCUCAAAACUGGUAGAGAUCUACUGGUAAUGAAAUAUGAGUGCAGAGGUUUGUGGUGUGGAUUUGCAGCAAGUACAAGAACUAGAAGAACUUUUAUGAGAAGAGAAAGAUACGAGCCACCCGGAGGCCACGUGUAUCGCUGUUUUUAUGCCAAAGGACAACAAGUUUGUAAACGGCUGCCGUUAGAAGGAAGACACGCGUACAAAGAACGUGGAUGGCGGAGCCAGUGACGUAACAAAAUGUAUUUCCAAACUCGAUACAAAUUAAUAAGAUAU